AUGUUUCCCAGUGUUACCCACACGAUCACUCCUGACUCCGAGCCCUCACAAUUCAUUUUACCUGACCUCACCAGUGAUUGCCACUAUCCCUUGCGAAAGAGCCCUCACUGUUACGCGAUAUCCCGCGCAUCUGAUCGAUGGCUCGCUGACGUGGCACAACUUGUAGAGCCCGAGAUCAGAGGGUAUCUUGAUAUGGACACAGGCGCAUUAGCUGCCGCUUGCUAUCCUGAUGCAGAUGCUUUCCAUCUCCAAGUCUGCGUUGAAUCCAUUAAUUGGGCGUUCAUUAUAGAUGACUGGAUGGAGUCUGGUAUCAUCGAUGCACGGGGAGCGCUUGAAUCCUGUAUUUCUGCAUUGCGCGAUCCCAUCAAUUUUGACACGGAACAGGUUGAUGCAAAAAUGUGCAAAUCGUAUUUCAGCCGCUUCAGGGAGACUGCCGGCCCCGGUUGCACGGAGCGGUUUAUCCACGCAGUCGAAUUGUUCUUCACUGCUGUGGCUAAGCAGGUGGACGACCGUGCCAAAGGAAAUAUGUAUCGUCUGGAAUCUUACACCGCCCUGAGGCGAGAUCUAGUCGGGGUGGAGCCCUGCUUUGCCCUCAUCGAAUUCGUAGCUCGAAUUGAUCUUCCCGACGAAGUCGUGUCGCAUCCAGUUAUCAAGGCCUUGGAGCACGCGACUAUCGAUCAUCUUGCUUGGGCAGACGAUAUUUUGUCAUACAACAAGGAGCAAUCUCGCGGCGACGAACACUGGGAAAAUAUAGUCGCUGUGCUCAUGCACGAUCGAGGACUAGACCUGCAAGGCGCCAUGGACUACGCUGGCCAGAUGUGCAAAGAUGCCAUCCGGCGCUUUGAAUCCAACCGUGCCAUCCUCCCUUCGUGGGAAGAGGAGGUCGACAGACAGGUGGCUAUCUACGUCGAAGGGCUGCAGAACUGGAUUGUUGGCUCACUUCACUGGCACCUUAAUUCCGCUCGCUAUGGUGUCACGCCGGACCGAAUCAUCAAGCUGCUUCCCAAGAGGUCCUCGUAG